AUGUCAAGUCGUCAAGUAAGUUAGAAAAGCUUUAUUCAGUCAGAAAGAACUAACUAGGCGGUGCGCUAGAGCUCCGCUCGGCCUUGUCACAACUAAGAAUCCUAGACGCCGAAAGCCGUGACGGCAUUUUCCGCGGGGGUCCCAUCAUCGCUUUGUCAGCAUCGCGCUGCCAACAGUUUGUGCCUCGGCCACCGGAAUGGGCUUCGGCGUGACUUUGCGUAUCCAAUUUGCAAGCAAAGAGGAUCGGCACUCCGGGAGUCCCGCGGGCCUAAUCUACUAGCGCUUACAGCUCAGAAACUUAUAUUGAAGUCAGAAGUUUUAUGGAAAUUCAAAACUCAUCUUGACUUUGAAUGUAGAAAGAAGCGAGACGAGUCGCGACGGAAGCAGGAAUGA